GCUAUUUACAGCGCAGGAGACGAGCAAGCCGAGGCAGAGGCUCUGACUAAGGCCGUGCAGAGAGUCGCCGUCCCGGAGCUUUUGAGAGCUUCGCAAACGUUUUUUUCCUUUCAGAGAAAGCGAUCUGGUUUGUGCGGGCUGCCGGGCAGGCUGAGCCCGCUUCCCCGGGCUGGAGCAGCAGAAACGGGCAGCGGCGGCGCCUGGAGAGAAGCGCCCGGACGCGCGGGGCAGACUAGGGCAACUUGGGUUGGCCGAGGCGGCGGCAAAACUUUUCCUCCUGCCUUCCCUUUUUUCUACAGCAGCCGGCGGGGACUGGCUCCUGCCGCGGACUGUGCCCUGACCCGCCGGCCUUUGGGAAGGACAGACAGAGACGGCGAGCGGGGACUUGGAGGCGACCCGGGGGCGCCGGCCGCUUGGCUGCGCUCCAGUCCAUCAGUCUGUCUGUCGGCUGCGCGCUGUGCGAGCGCCCAUGAGCAGCCCUGCUGAGGGGUCCUAGGCUGCCGCGGAGCCCCCCGACAUCGGGAGCCCCGGGCGGGGGCGCCACGCCAGGGUGGGGGGGUUAAAUGGAUCGCCAUUCCAGUUACAUCUUCAUCUGGCUGCAAAUCGAGCUGUGCGCCAUGGCCAUCCUGCUCACCAAAGGUGAAAUCCGAUGCUACUGUGAUGCAGCCCACUGUGUCGCAACUGGCUAUAUGUGUAAAUCGGAGCUGAAUGCCUGCUUCUCAAGACUUCUUGACCCCCAGAACACAAAUUCCCCACUUACUCAUGGCUGCCUGGACUCUAUUGCAAGCACAGCAGACAUCUGCCAAGCCAAACAGGCACAAAACCACUCCGGCACCGCUGUGCCCACAUUGGAAUGUUGUCAUGAAGAUAUGUGCAAUUAUAGAGGCCUGCAAGAUGUUCUUUCUGCUCCCAAGGGUGAGACCUCAGGCCAAGGAAGCAGAUAUCAGCACGACAGCAGCCGAAAUCUCAUCACCAAGGUCCAGGAGCUGACCUCUUCCAAGGAGUUGUGGUUCCGAGCAGCCGUCAUUGCAGUACCCAUCGCUGGCGGGCUGAUCUUAGUGCUGCUUAUUAUGUUAGCUCUGAGGAUGCUCCGCAGUGAAAACAAGAGACUUCAGGACCAGCGGCAGCAGAUGAUUUCCCGUUUGCACUAUAGUUUUCAUGGACACCAUUCCAAAAAGGGACAGGUGGCGAAGUUAGACUUGGAGUGCAUGGUGCCAGUCAGUGGGCAUGAGAACUGCUGCAUGAGCUGUGAUAAAAUGAGACAAACAGACCUCAGCAACGAGAAAAUCCUCUCACUGGUUCACUGGGGAAUGUACAGUGGGCAUGGAAAGCUGGAAUUUGUAUGACCAAGUUUUACCUGAGUUAAACUUAAUGGGGGGAAAAAAACAAAAACCAAAACUCUUGAAGGCCUUUGGAUUCUGCUGGACAGGAGCACUUUAUCUGAAGAAAAACAAAACAAAAGUCACUAAUCGUCUUUGAGAGAGAAAAUAACCUCUACAAACAGAGUCUUGGAGAUUUCUUCUGAAGGAUUAUUUGCACAGAUUUAAAAUACACUCAAAUGUAUUAUUUGCUUUAAAGCUGUAAAAGCAAAAAAGUAGAAGUUGUACACUGUCACCAGGGUUAUUUGAACUAUAGGGAGCUGGAAAUGAGUACCAAAAUAAACUGAAAUAUACAGUAUACAAGCUCCUAUAUGUUUCUUGAUUUAUUGUAAAGAUUUAUAAAUAUAUAUAUUAUAUAUAUUUUGUCUGAAAUUUAGUGGUGUCUUUCUUAAAUUAAAAGAAUAGUUGGAAGAUGAUCUAACUACAGAAUUAGCUUGUAUAUUUGAGGCUCUGUUGCAAGGAAUCAAUGCUCAAUAAAUGUUUUGAUCUUA